AUGGUUACUGUAAAGAAAAAAGAAAAUGAUGAUUGGAAAAGAAACCAGGAGGUAAACAAAAAAUUAUCGGAGAAAAUUGCAAAGGAAACUUGGUUAGCUCCUUUCCUUUCAAAAAAAGCUUAUAAAAAUAAACAGAAGCUAAAGCCUUCUAGGAAAAUACUUGGAAUUCAGAGAAAUAGCAGGAAUGUUAAAGAAAUAUGUAGUAAUGCGGAUAUACUAUCUCUUAAUUCAGAAGUAGAGAAAACAUUACAACUUUUAAAACAAAGGCGUCUUAGAAAGUCUAAUUUGUAG